UGGGGAUCAGCUAAGGCUAUGGAGAUAAUUCCUCUUUUGACGGUAAUAGCAGUCUGUCAAGGACCACUUCACUGUGAAGGAGUAACGUUCUUUCUAAGAGAUGAGGCAGUAGUCACAACCAACAGCAGUAGCUGUCUUGCCAUCACUGAUAUUGGAGACAGUGUACAAGGUGCUCUUGUCUGCCAGCCAAGUUUGCUCCCAUGGACCAAAUCUGACCAGUGGAAACUGGUACCUCAGUAGUGAUGAUGGUCAUGCAAACAGUACGGCUGAAGGGGACAGGGUUGCAGGGGAGGAUCCUCGAGGCUGGGCUAGUGAUGUGGUGACUAAUGGUUCAGAUGGUCAUCUACUAGUGAGACUGUGGAGAGUGUCAGAGUCUGCAGUGGAAGGAUCAUUCACUUGCAACAUUCCUGGAGAUACCUACACUCCCAAAACAUUAUACAUCUUCUCUUCCAGUACUGCUGUGACUCCAACCAAUGUUAGAGCCAAAGCAGUCAGUGCUACUAACAUGACUGUUAUAUGGGAUUAUGCAAAACGGCUUUGGCUAAUUUGUGGUGUUGUGGAAGGCUUCAGAGUUGAGUGGACAGCGGUGUCUGGUGGAGAAGUCCACUAUCAAGUCCAGACUGGAGACUUAUCAGAGGCCCAAUUGACUGGACUCACUCCAUUCGCCAGCUAUUCCAUUUCCAUAGCUGCUGUGAACAAAGAGGGUCAGGUGGUGGGAACUUACAGUCAGCCUUUAACUAUUAAGACUAACGAAGACAUCCCUGGUCCGGUAGAAAUUGUACUGAUUUCCUCUUUGGUACAAAUUGGCAUCACAUGGAGUAAGCCAGCCAGACCAAACGGGAUCAUUACAGACUAUGAAGUAUCGUAUGGACAAAAGAAUUCCUCUAGACUCACCUCGGCUAAUACUGGUCUUUUGACUAACUUCUCGGUGCGUGUGAAACUAGGAGCUGAAUUUACUUUCACUGUGAGGGCCUUCACUCGAGCUGGGCCUGGAGAACCAACUACUGUGGCUGUGUCCACACUGACCAAACCACCUAUUGUUGAAAAUGUGGUGGUGGUAUCUUUGAAUGAGUCCUCUACUAAUGUGUCAUGGAGAGCUCUGGAUGUCCCAUUCCUGCCAGUCAGCUACACUGUUGUCUACAGCCCCGUGUCCCAGCCUCCUAUGGAGGAGAAUAAUGAGAGUGCAGUUGUGUUUCCCCCGCCAGCUACAUCUGGAGUCAUCACUGGUCUGGUAGCACUGACCACCUACCAGAUCCAAGUCUUUGCUACUGUUACUGUGGAUGGUGCGGAGAUAGCAGGGGAGAAGAGCAAUCUGGUAUACUUUGUAAAUGAGUAUUCCCCAUCUUCACAAGCUAACCCACCCUCGCUAUCUAUUGUGGUUAUUUUACUCACUGUGGUGGUAGUCCUCUGUGGAAUUGCAGUCUUAGCAAUAUUAGUCAUGUUAUUAUAUAGAAAGAAGAAAAAGCAAAGGUACUAUAAUUAUUCUGGCAAAGGCUUUACUGGUCAUAUUAUUAUAAACUCCGUAUAUAAAUGUGUUUUCUGUGUUUGUUAUUUUUCCAGAAGCUCAUAUUACGUCACUCCUACAUAUGAAGAACAGCAUUAUGUACUAAAUAAAGGUAGACAAUCUGAUUUAUUGAAGCAUCUGUGGGAGCAGCUUGACAACAAGAGUAUGAUAUACUCAACUCAUCAACUUCGGCUAUCCACGGCCCUUGGACAUGGGGUGACUGGACAGGUCUACAAGGCAUAUAUCAAAGCGAGUUGGGAGCGAACUUGUUGCAGUCAAAACGGCAAAUGCACUCUUCUUAACGUCUGACUUUGAAACACUGGCAAAAGAAGUUUCUACUGUGCUGUCCUUCAAGCAUGUGAAUGUAUUGUCUCUGAUUGGAGUUUGUAUUGAUGGAGAGACGCCCCUAUUAAUCAUGCCAUUCAUGUCCAAUGGAAGCGUGUUAGACUAUGUGAGAAAUCGCAGAAACAAACUACUAAUUGACCAGUUUGAAGAAAAGACACAGAUGGCAUGUAAGACACACCUUCGUAUCAGUCUUCAAGUCGCAAAAGGAAUGGAGUAUAUUUCCAAUCAUCGGUUUUUGCACUGCAACCUCAGAGCAAGGAACUGCAUGAUUGAUGCAGAAGGUGUUGUAAAGGUAGCUGAUUAUGGACUUACCCAGAGCACUAACUACUACCAUCAAAGAAAGGCUGGAGUAAAACAGGAACCAAUCAGGUGGAUGACUCCCGAGACUAUUGAGAAUCGCAUAUACGCUGAAGCUACCGAUGUGAGCACUAACUACUGCCAUCAAAGAAAGGAUGGAGUAGAACAGGAAGAGAAACUUCCCAUCAGGUGGAUGGCUCCCGAGACCAUUGAGAAUCACAUAUACACUGAAGCUACCGAUGUGUGGUCAUAUGGAGUGACAAUGUGGGAGAUCUUUACCAGUGGGAGAGUGCCAUAUGCUGAGAUACAUGCUAUGGGUGGUCUUCUGUGUGAACUAAAGGGUGGAUACAGACUGGAGAGACCUGAAAAUAAGGCUUGCAAUGAUGACAUAUACGACAUUAUGCUUUCAUGCUGGGAAAAGGAAGCAACUGAGCGCCCAAAGUUCUCAGACUUGGUUGACACAGUCAAUGACCAAAUGGAGAGAGACUCUGGACACCUGGAGCUCUCACUAGCGCCCACUGGUCAAAUAGCAUCUCCGCCACCAUCCCCUAGAGCGGAGGUUGAGCUGAAGGAGUUACAUGUUCUUGGGCCUCACAUGCAUGAUGUCACUGGUGCAGUAGCAGAACACAACAGCCUGUUAAAGACUUACACUAAGUAUUGCCAAUAACAAUGCAGCAAUGUGUUACACUGAGUCACUUACAUAAAGAUUGAUCCCUCACUUAACCUAUAUUAUAUAACCACCUUACUGAUAUGUACAUAGUGUACGGACGAUGUUAUAUCACUCAUGCUAUCCAGGUCAGCACAUAUGCGCUUACAUUACCUCUAUGCAGUUGCU